AUGAUACAAGCAAGUCGUACAGAGGAACCUAAUAGUGAUUUUCAAAUUACAAACAGCUCAUUUCCAAAUCCACAACCAAUACUACCAUUACUGUCAGCAGCAUGGCUACGACGAGCACGAAUUAUUAGUGCUUUAGUGUACAUUUUUCUGCAAAUUGCGUGCUUUAUAUUUAUAAUCGUUUGUAUUGUACGUUUCCCACGCUGUCAAAAAGCAUCUACAACAGAAUGGUGGAUGAAUGGUGUGAUUCUACGUUUUUCAAAUCAUACUUUGAAAUUUAAUGAUUUAACUAGAAGUCUUAAAGAGCACAAAACUCGGUUUAAUAUGCAUGCUAUUUGGUUUCGUCCAGUUUUUCCAUUAUCAAAUGAAUCAAAUCCAUUGGGAUGGAAAGGUAUUGAUAGUAGUUUGGGUGAAGAAAUUGAUUUGAUUAAUCUUACGAAAAGAGCACGUGAUGAAAAUAUUCGAAUUAUUAUUGAUUAUCCAUUAAAUCAUGUAUCUAUUCAAUCAAAGUAUUUUAAUUUCAAUGAGUCUUAUUUUGUAUGGAAUGAACAAGGUAAUACAAGUAACUGGAUGACAACAAAUGAUAAUGAAACAUCAGCAUGGACGUAUGACAAACAAAAAAAUUCAUUUUAUUUACAUCAGUUUGACAACAAUAAUGAUUCUAUUGAUAUUAAUUAUCGAAAUAAUCGUGUUCUUAAUGACAUAAUUGAUUCAGUUUCUUAUUGGAAUACAAAAUUUCACUUUGAUGGAUAUAAUUUACCUGGUCUUAGUUAUGCAUAUGAAGAUUAUGAGUAUAAAAAUGACACAGAUAAUAUUCAAACGAGACACCUUGAUGAAGACUAUCUUUUACUUGCACGUAUUAGAUCUGAAAUCGAUGAGAAACAUAUUUUACUUUUCGAUUCAAUAGAUUCAUUGGAUACUACUGAUAAAAAAUUAUUAGCACGUUACUAUGGCGAUCAACGUAAAGGAUUAGGUGGUGUACAAUUAGCAUCACUAAACGAUUAUAUAUUACCUAAUGAAACUGAAACUAAUCUAACAAAAUUAUUUGAAUCAUACUAUAAUUCAACAUUUUAUAAGCAGAAACAACUAUUUGUAUGGUCAUCUUUAUCAUCAAAUGCUAUAUUAAACGAAGCUUUUUUUGCUACAUGUCUAUUUCAUACCGGCACUAUUUCUAUUGACCAACAAGGAAAUCGAUUAUUAGAUAAUCAACUCCAUCGUCUUCGUACAAUAAUGAGUGAUACACGAAAAGAGGAUGUUUUUCGUGAUGGCAAAAUCAAACAAACUAUUCUUCCAGGAUCAACAUUGUUAACCAUUGAACGCACAAGACGUGGCUCGAAAAGUUAUAUGAUCAUUGUUAAUUUUAAUGAUAUUGACAAAAAUGAUAAAAUUGUCGAUAAUGACAAACCAAAGAAAGCUGAAAUGUUUUUAAACAACGAAAAAUUUUGUGAUAAUACAAGUGCAACAGUUCGAUCAAUUGAAUUGAAAGAUUCUAUUUGUUUAAAACCUUAUGGAUAUAUUAUAAUUCGUUGGUUACCACCUAUUGAAUCACUUAGCACUAUUUUCUAA